AUGUCGGCGAUCAAGAGAACCGCGUCUCCAACGAUGCAAGCGGCUUCCGCUGCCUCAAAGAGACCCCGGCAAGAAACAGACGAGCCUGGUGUUCAUGUCAUCUUCGUUGCCAUCAACCACCACGAAGACAUCGGUGAAGAGGGCCACGACUGCAGAAUCCCCUGCGACCCAGCUCUUGGUUCAUUUGAAGCUGGCGACGUUCUAGGCAGUUUGACCCCUCAGAGACUUCAGGAACUGGAAGUCGAUCUGGGUCCUGGACUUGUCAGCAACAUCGGCCCCAAAGAGACACAGAAGAAUGGUCUAGUCGACUUGACUGGUCGUAUCGCAGGAUCACAAAAGUUCAAACCAAAGCUGAUUCAGCCCGUCUGGAACGACCGCGUCGUUGUUCUUCAUCAGCAGGUUCUCACCAUGCUUUGCGCUGAAAGAACUCAACGCGUGACAGUUGAAUACUGCACUCUCGACUGGAUCAUGCGCCUCAUCGAAGAAGGAGGUAAUUCUCUCGCUGAUCAGUUUUGCGAUCACAACCGUCCCAUUGUCUUCUACAUCCCACUUGACCCCAAGGAUUGGAGCCUUCAUCCUCAAGUUCGCUCUCUCUACGAAGCUAUCGAUGCACUCCAGCAUUUGUUCAACAACGUCAGCGUUUAUCCGGCAUACCACGAGAGCUGGAACUACGGAUUCAAAAUUCCCGACAUCAAGGCACUGGAUUCUAUCGCAACCCAAGACUCCACACCCGAACCAUACAGUCACAGGCCCAAGACAUGCCUGGGCACUGGACCCUGCAGCCUUGAUGAAAUACAGGGGUCCCAAUUCGUCAGGUUCGCGCUUAGUGACCGCGCGGACUACAUGCAUCACGUCACAACCCCGAGCUACAACGUGUAUAUUCAUAACCAGCCCGUCACACAGGAGUCCGCCUCCGCCAAGAGAGUCAUUCACCAGCAGUGCUUCUCGUCUGUCUCUAAAUGGGGAUACAUACGCGUUUUCAUGGUCGGCAAUCGGAUCAUUGCCCGCAGCUUCAGCUCAAGCGACCAACGAACAAACGUACACAGCACAUCGACUCUUCGCUCCGAUUGCCACUUCGACUUUCGCGCCGAUGGUCUUCGAUUUCCAGAUGCGGAUCCAGAAGUGACUGAGCGCCAGGAGGCAAAGCUGGAGGAGCUCGACAACUUUUGCAAGUGGUGGCAGCAUCAGCUCACGACGCAUGACCCUGAGCUCUUUGAGUCUCUCCAUGUCGGAUGUGUCUUGAGAAUUGGCCUGACGGAAGCAAGUCUUGAUGGAAAGUUCUUUAUCCUGUCGGUUCACAGAUGGUUUGCGUCUCCCUUUUUCAGCAUGGACUUGACAGCCAAGCCCUUCGAUCAGUUUUGCAAGGCAUUUGGGGAGCAGUUUGCACGAGUUUGUGGGUCCUUUGCUGCGGCGGAUGCAUCUGAUAUUUGA